CAGUGGAUAACAAAGAUGGCGGCAUUUGCGACAUGGUUGCGAUGUUAGUGAACUUUUGUACUUUGUUCCGUUGAUGUAAACUCACAAUUUAUCAUUUUUGCUCAUUUCUUCUGAGCCGCAGCAGAUAUUCCGUGUGUGAGAGCCGGUUGUCACGGUGCGUCACUGUGCUUGGUAACGGGUCCAUAGUAACGGAGGGAGACAGACAUAAGAGGAACUGCUGCAGCUCACAUAUCAAUCUUUACAGCAUCGACCUGCUGAGACAUGAAGGAAGCUCUCACUCUGCUGCACAGACUGAACGGUCACCCGGACUCUCGCUGCUGGUUCGUCAGCUGGAGCCCGACUGGGACUCUGCUGGCGUCCUGUGGGGGAGACAAGGCCGUCCGGAUAUGGGGACAAGAGGGUGACUCUUGGGUAUGUAAGAGCGUGCUUGAGGAUGGACACCAGCGCACGGUGAGGAAGGUGGCGUGGUCUCCCUGCGGGAAUUACCUGGCCUCCGCCAGCUUUGAUGCAACCACGUGCAUCUGGAAAAAGAAGAAUGAUGGUUUUGAGAGCUUGACUGUGUUGGAAGGCCAUGAAAAUGAGGUCAAAUGUGUGGCGUGGGCUCCUUCAGGAAACCUGCUGGCGACGUGCAGCCGAGACAAGAGCGUCUGGGUUUGGGAAGUGGAUGAAGAGGACGACUAUGAGUGUGUUACCGUGGUGAACUCUCACACACAAGAUGUCAAGCAUGUUGUGUGGCACCCGACACAGGAACUUCUGGCCUCCGCGAGCUACGACAACAACAUCUGUAUUUACAAGGAAGACGAUGACGACUGGGAGUGCCGUGCCACCUUGCAGGGACACACGUCUACAGUGUGGAGUUUGGCCUUCGAUGCGACCGGGCAGAGACUCGCCUCCUGCAGCGACGACCGCACCGUCAAGAUUUGGAAGGAGUAUCCAAGUGAAAGUGGAAAUGACCUGUCAUGGAAGUGUGUCUGCACUCUGUCUGGGUAUCAUGGGCGGACAGUGUACGAUAUCGUCUGGUGUCGGCUGACCGGCGCCUUGGCAACUGCCUGCGGUGAUGAUGCAGUGCGAGUGUUUAAGGAGGAUGAGACAGCCGAUCCAGACCAGCCCGUGUUCUCGUUGGCUGCUCAGGCGACCAAAGCUCACAACCAGGAUGUCAACUGUGUCGCCUGGAACCCAAAGGAAGCGGGACUCCUGGCUUCCUGCAGUGAUGACGGAGAUAUCGCCAUCUGGAGGUUCGAGGAAGAAGACUGAAUGUGUGACCAACGCAGUCGGCUUCUCGUUGAACAAAACCGCUUUCCUUUUUGCAAGUCACAAUGGAAAUUAUGUGCUCAUAAUUAAUAUUGAUAUACAGGAUUCUGCUUGUGCCAUCCCUCAUGUCUGUUUCUAAACUGACUUUACUGCUUCAGCUCAUCAUGUUGUCAACAUUUAUUUCAAGUAAGAAUUUACUGACAGUUUGUUUAUGUAGAUAAAUAUAAAAAAAAACAAUUAUAAAAACAA